UGCCCUAGGUCUAAAGAUAGUAUGUACCAUGCCCUUGGAUACAGCACUAUUUUAGUUAUGCAAGCUGCCAUGACCUUUGAGCAGCAGGAUAUACAAAUGGGAAUUUCUACAAUGAAAGAAGCUUUGCAAACCUGCCAAAGAUUCAGAAAAAGAAGCACAGUGGUGGAAUCCUUGUCCAAUCUAGUUUCUAAACAGUCAGUGGAUCAGUUGAGCGAAGAGGAGAUGCAUGCUGAAAUCUGCUAUGCUGAAUGCUUACUACAGAAAGCAGCUCUCACCUUUGUACAGGAUGAAAAUAUGAUCAACUUUAUCAAAGGUGGCCUUAAAAUUAGGACGAGUUACCAAAUAUACAAAGAGUGUCAUCAGGUGCUACAGAUGACUCAGGGGAACAAAAGCAAAAUUGAAACUUAUUACCAGUUUGAAGGAGGAGUAAAACUUGGAAUUGGAGCAUUCAACUUGAUGCUGUCACUUUUACCAGGAAGGAUCCUCCGACUUUUAGAAUUUAUUGGAUUUUCUGGCAAUAGGGAUUUGGGCCUCUGUCAACUACGGGAAGGCGCAUCUGGCAGCAGUUUGAGGGCCAUUCUGUGUACUUUCACCCUGUUGGUUUAUCAUACUUACGUCUCCUUAAUCCUUGGUACAGGGGAAGCCAACCUUCAGGAAGCAGAUAGUCUCCUUGAACCCUACCUCCAGAAAUUUCCAAAUGGUUCCAUUAUUCUAUUUUAUGCUGCCAGAAUAGAUAUACUGAAAGGAAAUUUUGAAAAGGCGCAGUUGAGGUUCCAAGAAUGCAUAGCAGCCCAGCAAGAGUGGAAACAGAUUCAUCAUCUCUGUUACUGGGAACUGAUGUGGUGCUACACCUUCCAGCAGAACUGGCUUCAAGCAUAUCGGUAUGCAGACCUGCUCAGCAAAGAGAGCAGGUGGUCUAAGGCAAUAUAUGUAUUCCAGAAGGCAGCAAUUCUAUGUAUGCUUUCAGAGGAUGAUUUGAAAAGGACUGGUGAGGAUGUUGUGUCUUUAUUCAGACAAGUGGAUGGUCUAAAACAGAGAAUUGCAGGAAAAUCUAUCCCAACCGAGAAGUUUGCAGUAAGGAAAGCUCGACGCUAUGCAAGUUCUCAACCAGUGAAGCUGAUACUACCCGCCUUGGAAAUGAUGUAUGUCUGGAAUGGCUUUUCAAUUGUGGGCAAAAGAGCAGACCUCACUGAAAACUUACUGGUAACAAUUGAAAAAGAAGAAACUGCUCUGCAAAAUGAAACUAAUCAUAGUGAAUACUAUAUGGAUGAUGUGUGCAUGCUGCAGUUACUGAAGGGCCUCUGCCUGAAACACUUGGGAAGACUCAUGCAGGCUGAACUGUGUUUCAGUAAAGUAGUUCAAAGUGAGAAGCAAAUAAAAUAUGAUAGUUAUUUGGUGCCAUUCACCCUGUAUGAGUUGGGUCUUCUGUACAAACAACAGGAUGAGAGAGAAAAAGCAAUAAGAUACAUAGAAGCUGCAAAAAACAACUACAAAGAAUACUCAAUGGAGUCCAGGUUGCACUUCAGAAUUCAUGCAGCGCUUGACAGCUUGAAGGUGUCACCGGCGUCAACACCUUGA